AUGCUUUAUUUGGUUUUAAUUUUGAGGAUAAUAUUUGAAAAUUUUCUUUCAAUGACGUCGACACUAAUUUUCAAGAAUUUGGAAAAGGAUACAAUUUUCCAAAAACAAUGGCAAAGUUAUCAACUGGUAAUAAAUGAGGACUAUAAUCAUCAUCGAGUAUUAUAUGCCAAAUUACCAGACUAUUUCAAAAAUCGUUUUCUACAUUCGUUUUCUGUUCUUGAUCUUGGAUGUGGUGAUGUUGACUAUCUUUCAAGAACAUUUGCGAAUAACAAUAUGUGGUCCUUGGUAUCUGCGUAUACUGGUGUUGAUUUAUCAGAACAAGCUGUCGAGAUUGGCAAACAAAAUAUGCACCCUUUGUUAGAAAUUAACGCUGCAGUAUCAUUUGCUAUCGGUGAUAUGUUAAAUUUUGUUAGACAAGCUAAAGCAUCUUCGUAUGAUGUCAUAUUUUCAUCAAUUGCAGUUCAUCAUCUUCGAGAUGACGAUAAGAAAGAACUCGUUCAAGAAAUUCGACGUAUUUUAAAGGCAAAUGGCGUUUUUGUUCUAAUCGAUCUUUUUCUUGACGAAGCUGAAGAUCGUGAUGAUUGGGCUAUGCGUUUUGUCACACACAUACGUAAUAGUUGGGUUAAACUUAAUUCAGAACAAAUCGACAGUUAUGUGAAUCAUACUUUCAACUUUGACUUUCCUACUAAACUAUCAAUAUACAAAAAUUGGGCUGAACACGAUUCACUCUUUGCGGAUGUGAAAUGCUUUGAUGAAGUUGGGUUUUUCAAAGCUAUCGUAUUCGAAACUUAA